UCAACAUGGACAGCCCACUCAUUUGCGUUGAGAAGGUUCAACGAGCCAAGCCCUGGGGCUCCUCUUCUCCAGCGGCGAGAGCCCACGCGCCUGGAGGGGCUGUGAGGAGUCCCAGCCGCUCUCCGGGGGCCCCCAACACCCGAGGGCGGGCGGCGGCCGGGCUGAGGGAGCUGAGGGAGCUGAGCGAGCUGAGCGGCCGCGCCCACCCCAACGGUCACAACGGCCGCGCACCGCCCUCAGGCAGGCGUGCCCCGGCCGAGCAGGCGGCGGCGGCGGCGCGCACGCAGCGGCACGCAGGCGGCGGCGCGCACGUCUCUGGGCGGGGGGUUGCUCCCCGCUGCUGACACCCGGUGGCGGCGGCGGCGGCGGCGGGGCCCGGGCGGCGGGGCCGGGCCGCGGGUUUAUGGCGGCGGCGCUGUCCGCCCUGGCUGCCAGGCUCUCCCAGUCGGCCGCGGCCAGGUCGUACGGCGUGUUCUGCAAGGGGCUGACCAGGACCCUCCUCAUCUUCUUCGACCUGGCCUGGAAGCUCCGCAUCAACUUCCCGUACCUCUACAUCGUCGCCUCCAUGAUGCUCAACGUGCGGCUGCAGGUCCAUAUUGAGAUCCACUGACUUGUCACUUGUUACGCUGCUUGCACUGUAUGCUGCGACUACAGUCAGUCACGUUCCUCUUCAAGCUCAUUCUGCUGUGAAAAAGCAAAGCUAUGUUUGUCUUCUAUAGGAAUAUGAAGGAAGAAGAUUUAAACCCAGGAAGAAUAUGUGACAGUGGCCCAGGUCAUCACAAGGCUGCAGCUCACCUGACACGUGUACAUUCCGUGUUGAACAACUCUCAGAAUCAUAGUAGCAGUUUACAAAAAGAAUUAUUUUAUUUUAACAUCAGGAAUUGUUCUCUCUUUAUUAAUAUACCUCCGCCUUAUGUUGGCAAAGAAAUGCCUCUGAGUUUGAGUGAAUCAGCAGGGAGAAACUCAAGUCCAGCGGUUCCUUGGAAAGAUUCAUUUUGUCUGUGUUGUUCUUCUGGGGAAGCCAGGCUUGAUGGGAUUUCUCAGUGCAUUAAUAUUUCAGUAAUGGGCUGGCUGGAGAAAGCUCGUAGUUUUGCUGCAGACUUUAGCUUAAGCUGCCCAGGAGAUAACUUUGUAUGUUUUGUACAUGCAUGGCUGGGAAAGUUGCAGUGUAAUCAAGAACUGCAGUUUCUGGAAUUAGAAGUGAGCAGCAGCAUAGAGAAUGAGUUGCAGCUUGCACUUCUUGAAGAGCCGGAGUUUGGUGGGCUUAUUGAUCUCUGUUUUGUUCCAGUUGCCUCACUGAAUGAUUAUGCUAUGGGACUCUUAAACAACCAGAAAUUGUGUAUUUUUCUUUGUUACUUAAGCCCUGUUACUUCAGAGCAACCACUUGGAUAUAAGACAAUGCUUUCAAGUGUACAAUAUGUGACUACCAGUUUUCAUGUCAUACAGCUAGUAAUAUCUGUCCUAGCUUUUGCACUAGCAGGUCUCUGGUAUGCAGUAGUGAAGGUAAAAACAUACUAAAAUUUUAAUAGUUACUAUUUUUAACAUUAAUAGAAACUGAAUUGAUUAAAUUGGAGACAAGGUUGCAGUUCAGGUUUUAGUGAUAGACAGCUGAAGUGAAAUUAUACUUGUGUAGUUGCUGGUAAAAGAGGCUGUUGAAAUAAGGCUUUUUUUUUUUUUUUUUUUUUUUUUUUAGUACAGAAUGGAAUGUCUGCCUCUGAUUGGAACAAACUUAAUUUCAACACUUUCUGGGACUUCUGCAGGUGUCCUGUUAACACUAGACUAGAACUCAAGUUGACUGUUUAGCACAGAUCCUUUUUGUUUUCUUAAGGAUUUGUAUUUGCUGAUUACUUUGGCUACUGUUUACAACCAUUUCCAAUGAAACUACUGCUUGUAGAACUGAAUUCCCAGUGUGAAAUCAACCAUAACUAAUGUAUCAGUACUUAAAACACUUUGAAUCAGAAAGCUCUUGGGGUGGUGGUCUUCAAUAUGGCAUAAUUCUCAGCAGUGUUCCUUUCAAGGGUGAUACUGCUCUAACUUAAGUUAGGAUCUCAUGAGUUUUAUUGUGCUACAAUAGACACACUAUAAAUAAUUUUUUAAGAGAACAAUUUCUUUCCUUGAAAUAGUGAUUGUUAUCACUGAGACAUAAUAAUCAUUUCUAGGCCUGUUGACUUUGGCUUUGGGACAGACUUCUGACAACAGGGUUUGGCAAACAAUGGAGCAAGCAUGUUGAAAUCAAUAGAGCUGCUUGUGAAUAAGAAAUUGUAGGAAUACGAUCCUGUGGACACGUAGAUGGAGAAACUCAUUGUGCAGUAGGUCAAAAUUUGAACUUAGUGUCCAAAAUUCUCAACAACUGACUUAGUAUAGAUAGGCUUAGUGCGCCUUAGUCUUUGGACUUCCCUAAAGAAGGAGGUAUUGAUGUGAUGGGUUAGGAUAUGUCUUCAGCUAACUCUUCAGUCUGAGCUAAAAGUGGGGAUUUAAUGUGGAGUAAACUCGUGCUGGUGGGUGACACAUCAUGUCAUUUUUACUAUCUAGCUUACUUCACUUUGGAAAUGGAGUAAAUGAUGAUGUUGCGUGCAGUUUGAAUUGUAUUGACCUGGAAAGCUAGUAGUGUUUCUAAUGUUUGCUUGGGAGUUGGUAUACUAGCAUAGAGAAGUCCGUAAUUAUGAAGAGGAGAUGUUGGUUAGCAGUGUUAUGGUGCAAGAUAUUGGAGGAUAUAUUUUUUUCUAAGCCUUACUUGAGUACUAAAAGUAAGGUACACUACUUCUUGUGUUAGAUGGCAUGUUGUGUUUUUGUUAUCCCAACUGGUUGACUAUUUCUUCUGGAUGUUAGAAGAGGUAAAAAGCCAUUUGCUUUAAUUUAAAAAAUAACUUUUCCCCUGGAGUGUAUUUUUAUUAAUUGUUAAAGUUCUAGGCUUUUGACUACAUGACGUCUAGUCACAAAACUACAGGAACUUCAAAAUAAUAAUGCAUUAUGUAUCUGAAGUAAUUAUUUUGACAGUAAUAGUUUCCUUCUUGUCAAGCCGUUCAUACUUUUCUCUCCCAUCUCCACUACUGCUGUUUAUCACUCUUGCAGUGGUAGUAAUGCAAGCAUUUAUGGAUCAAGAUUGCUGAGGUUAUGUGGUUCCCCAAAACACAAGAAACAAAGACAUUUCCCCAAAAGUCUGUGGCUUAUCUGAGUUAUGGUGUCAACUGUUGUCUGUAUAGAGUUUAACCCUGCUGUGUUUAACAGCUGGCAGAGCUGCGGGUACAGAAAUGAAAGUGGAGGUUGGGGCUGAAGCCUGUUUAGGCUGGUUUGAUUGCUUUAAAGAAAUGUGCAACUGCAUCCUUAAUUUCUAUAAGUAGCUACGCAGGUAAAGAAAUACCAUCUUCUGGUAUGGUGAGGUUUCUUUGUUUUUAAAGUUGCACCCAAACAUAGUCCUGAAUCCACAACUGAUUGCUUGAACUUCUUAUUUAGAGAAUCUAUUGGUAUGGUUGUACUUGUAUUUGCCUAGAACCUCCUCUGUUCACAUGAAGAGUAUGGCCUGGAAGAUUCUCUUCCCUGUUGUACGCCUUUUGGGAACCAUUGGUACAUAAAAAGAAAAGCUUGUAAGUAGUACCAAGUACAUGUUACCAGGUGAGAGGAGUUGCUGAAGGCAUAAAAUCACUAGUCCAGUUUUUAACACACUGACUCUUAACGGUGAUUUAAAAAAAAAAAAAAAAAAAAAAAAGGAAAAAUGAGAGAAACCACCUGUUAAUUAGAAUUGAACUGUGUGUACAGUGGGGUGCCAAGAGCUGUUUCAUUAUUGAUAAGCCUAUGCAGGUGGGAAUCUUGGAAUGAUGAAAUAUCUGGACUAUGUAUCGCAGUCCAGAUAACAUAGUCCUGUCUCAAGCAAAAUUUGCAUUGAGUGGAGUGGCCUUUAAUUACUUAUUACAGGAUCACUUUAAAUACAGAUACAAUACAGUUAAGUGACAUGUUAUUUUUUGUGUAUUAUAUGUAUAUUGAAUAUAAGACUUAAAGAAUGUCUUAAGUGAGUGGAUUUAAUCCAUUUUUAAGAUAGCUUAUGUACUUUGCCUUGGAUUUUAUUGUUUAAAGCCUAAAAGGUAACUUUUUAACUUGAACAUUCCUUCUGAAACUCAAAUAAAGGAUGUUGGUAUGCUGAAAUCUCAUGUAAUAUACUGCACUUUAAGCAUGGGGAGGCCAUAAAUGGGAAACACUAUUCUUGCACUAAUAGAUCUAUUUGACUAGCAGAGACAAUGCUCAAAUGGCUUUUUUCUUCUCUAGUGGGAGAAUAGUAAACCAAAAGGGUGUCAAUCCUUUGAAGCUAUAUAUAAAUCAAACACAGUAUGUGGUUUAGGCCACUGUUCUCUCCACAAACGUUUCAAUAUCAACUCAUCUCAAAAAUAGGAAAUGUCUCUGCUUAGAACCAGUUUGUAUGGAAUUCUGUGGCCUCUAAGUUCUAUAUGGAAAUUGCUUUUCUGAAUAAAUGUGUUGUUAGAGUUGAGAAUGUUUUUUUUUUUUUGGAUGAUUUAUUAUAGUACAGAAAAAUAACUUUUAAUAGGGGCAAGGGAUCUUUAAACUGAACCGGGAGUUGCCUUCUUAUUUCCAGUUCCUCUUAAAUCCUGCUAUUCUACUGCUGCUGAAAAGGGGUAUUUCUAUUAAAGAAUUCUUGCUUUUUAAAAUUUCAUCAACCAGUGUCCAGAUCCCUCCUGUACUACAUAGGAAACGUGUUUCUGCCAUUAGAAAACAAUGAAAAUAAUAUUUAUAGAAUUGCGUAAUAGUUUCCCACAAAUAUACACUUAAGUGGAAAUUUACUAUAUGGUGUAUUGCUUUUUUAAAAAAAAAGAAAAUAUACUUUUAAAUGUAUGUGCACAGAGCUCUGCAUGUGGGUGAAAAUGUGUUAUCACAGUAUGAUGUUGGAAUGCUUAUGCAAACUAUUAUUUACUUCUUGACAUUACAAUGCAAAAUUCAGUACAGAUGAUGUUGUAAUUCUCAAUGUGGUAUUAGUGCAAUCUUAGAAACUAUUUGUAUGCAUUGUCAUGCACCAUGAGACAAUUUUAACUGUAGACAGUUUUUAACCUCUUGCUUCUUCAGAGUUUGUUUGUUUUUUUUUUUUACAACUGUAAAGAUGGCACUUUCUUAAACUUUGCCAAAGUUUUCUUUUUUUUUUCCACGUCUGCCCCUCCUUAAGGAGUGUGUGUAUACCUAUACUAAAAGUAUACAUUCUUUUAACUUUUGGAAGAAGCAAGUCUGUACUUACUUCUCCAAUAUAUCAGCUUAUUGUCAAAUUGUUCCUUUUGUUUUUAAUUAUGGCCUGAUCCUACUUAUGUUUUCCUUCUCUUCCCUCCACAUCAUUCCUCAGCAUAAGCAUAUGCUGAAAUUGUGUAGUUUCAGAAAUGCUCUCCUGUAAUACAUAACAAACUGACAAUAACAACAUCAAGAUACAAGUAUCCAUAGUCUGUCAUGAGGGUGUAUGACAAGUGAUACAUCUGACAGAACAGUAAGUAGGUAGUGUGAGAUAUUUCUGCUUUUUCCCAACAAAGCAUUUGCUUUGAUUAAAAUCUAGUAUUAAAGUUUGUUUACAUCUGUUGGCUGAGAAUUGCAGCUAGAAUUUAGGGCUUAUCAAAUACGUUGAGGUUGAAACUUAAGAAACAGUUACACUAGCUUCAAAACUUUGUUUUUAAGUCAUACUAUGACCUUCUGAAAAAUUCACAUGAAAAUACUCUUAAUACUUUAAAACAUUUUUUUUUUCAAGACUGCAUAUUACAAAAUGUGUCAUGAUGCUUGUUUCUGUGAUGCACAGUCAAUAACUGGAAAAAAAAACACUUUUUAGGAUUUUUGUAAUACUUGUGGUGAAUUCCCUUCUGGUAUCUCAGACUACAAACCCUCUAAUCCUCAGUGACGAGCUGCACUUGACAGAAUUUUCAAACAAACAACUUGUUUAUGAAAAUAUUAAUAUUUAUGAUCAGCUCAUAUACUCAAUACCAGGACACAAACUACUUGCUGGUAGUUGUUGUGAAAUAAGAAUAAUAUGGAAGUGCUAGAAUGAAGCUAUCCUUUAUUACCCUGCAGUAAGUAAGCCGUUAUUACUGUGUACCUUGAAAUUAAUUCUGUAUUGCAUUCCAAGAUAUCAAUGAUCUUAGUCUUUUUGGAAUUUGUGGUACAAGAUUCAGACCAAGUAAAAUGUUAUUUCAUUGUUAAUGCUGAAAUCGAUUUGAAAACUAAUACAUUUUUGAAAAUGGCCUGAGGGACUUCCAGGAAAAAAAAAAUCUGCCUUGAAAUGAUCCUGUGCAUUUGUGUGAUCUCAAUAUAGUUAUAGUCUGUUUGGAAAAUCUCUCUUUGUGCAAGAUCUAGAUAGUUAGAACCUGAUAGCAAAAAUGGUUAAAAAUCCAUCUUCGCCAGGUAGAAAUGUUCUUUUAUUUUCUGCUUACAGUCAAUUUCACCUUUUUUCAAAUAUAAAAAUAUCUGGAUGUAAUUAAGCUUUUGUUCCUAAAAAUAGGUAAAUCUAUUGCUUAGUGCCUGGUUCAUCAGUUGAUGAGUGUUCCAUGAACUUCCUUUAAGAUGGGUUCUACUCCCUGCCGGUGACACUAAUUAUAAAUGCUGACACUAGAAUACUUUCUGUGAACUGUGAUGUUACCCAUGCAAACAAUUUUAGUCCAUGGCCUUGGUCUUUGGCCUAAUUAUUUUUUUACUACAGUGUGGGAGACAGGAGGCUGGCACAAACCAUUUUUGUGUGUGUUCCAGAGAAAGAUGUUUACAACUUUGUAUGUAUUUUAGAAAUUUAUUAUAACACUUUUGAACUUGUGAGUUUCCAUAGUAAACUUGAAAUCUGUUGUCCUAAUGCAAUGAAUACAGGCUUUUGUAUGAGAGUGCUGUCUAAGCUGCCAGGAGCCGAUUGUGAUGCUGCUUGCUUACGCCACAGGAGGGAGUUAAACAUCAGUCUUUUGAACAUUUUCAGUUAUGGCAUUGUUUUAUCUUAGUACAGUGCAUUUCAAUUUAUAAAUACGCUGAAUUUGACUUGUCUUAUGGAUUGUCACUGCAAAUAGCUUAAUGUACAAAAUCAAUACACAGUGGUAAAUUACUGUAACUGUUUACAAUUGAACUCUGAAUACCGAUUGGUGGCUUUUAUCAAGCUAUUUAAAACCAAUAAAAAUCUUUUAAAAAAA